AUGUCUGCACUGAAUGUACGUGAGCUCAACAACACACGAAAGGCCCAAAUGGAACUGGUCUUCUUUAAUCGCGUACCAAAGGUUGGCAGCCAAACGUUUAUGGAGCUGCUGCGACGUCUCUCCGAACGGAACAACUUUCAAUUUCAUCGCGAUGCGGUGCAAAAGGUAGAGACCAUCCGCUUGGCUGAGGAUCAGCAGCAAGAGCUGGCUGAGGUAAUAAGUGAGCUGCCAGAACCAUCCGUAUUCAUUAAGCACGUGUGCUUCACGAACUUCACGAAAUAUAGUCUGCCGACCCCGAUAUACGUCAAUGUGGUACGCGAUCCUAUAGAACGUGUCAUCAGCUGGUUUUACUAUGUCCGUGCCCCGUGGUAUUUUGUUGAACGCAAAGCGGCCUUUCCGGACCUACAUAUAGUAUAG